AUGGCAGCUGCGGGAUCGGCUGGGGAACCUGCGGCGGCGAGCGGAGAGACUGCACUGGGGGCACUGUGCUGCCAAAAGUGUGGCCAGUCGACGACCAUGUCGCUGUCAUCAGCGACUGGUCGAAAUCCAUUGCUCCGAGCCUGUAAUGGCUGUUUGGCAACGGAUCGCUGGAUCAGCCGCAUCACAACGAAACCCAAGAACCGCGAAGAAACUGAAGACGAAAAGCAAAGGAGGGCGAACGGUAUGAAGAUAAAAGAGGACCUCAAGAAGAAGUCGGCUGAAGAGAAGAAAGCCUUCUACCUCGAACAGAAAGUCAACCGCCAAGCGGAGGACCAGAAGAAGAAAAGGACGUUCUCGUCCGCGGUGGGAUCCGUGGAGGAGUCGAGGGAGGCCGCGGCGCUGAGAGACGAUGUCACGAAUUACAUACCCUUUAAGAAAUGGGCGGCUCAGGAAAUGGCACUCCGAAUCUAUUCGAGUCUCGGUGAGGCGAAGGUUGCCUGGGAGAAGUUGCUUCAGGAUCCGAGCACAGUGAGCAUAAUGGAACACGGUGAGGCGCUCGUGUUGGAUUAUUCGGGCAUCCAAGUCCGUGGACGACAGUCCCACAGCCUCAAGUCAGCCAUGCGGCAGAGGAUGGACAUCUCCGAGCAGAAGGAUUUGGAUGAGUACAUGGAGGAGUCCGACUCCCGCAUCAAAAGGGGCCGGUCGAGGCUGGCUGUGGAGAUGACCGCGAACUCGGAAAAGACCGGCGACGAGCCCAUGUCCGUCAUCCCACUGCUGACGGUUUCAAAGGAUUUGAGCCAGCUGCGGGAACUGGAGGAGGCCCGAGAUGCGGAUCUGCAGAUGCAGGCAAUUGCCAUAGAGGAAAGCCAGAGGCAGGAAAAGGAGGAGAGAAAGCGGAAGGCCGAGGCCGUCGAGAAGAGCCUGCCUCUGGAGAAGUUGGCCCUGCAGGCCUCCCGGAAGAAGGCCAUCCAAACGAUGGGAGAUGUUGUCCUCCGGAACCAGGCGACAAUCACAGCACUCUCCGCUGACAGCCACAAGCUUUGUGAGUUUGAGAACCAGGACCUGAAGGACGAACUGAAAGAGAAGAUGAGCCACGUCGACCGGGCUAUUGCGGUUCUGGGUGAGGAGAUCGCCAAGUAUGACUCUGAGUGGGAGAAGAAGGAAGUGGAGGCCACAACCACGGCGGAUGAGAUGGCCGAGCUCCGAGGGGAGAUCGCAGUGGUCCUCAAGGGGUUCCACUCCAACAACGACUCAUGCAAGAACGUGAAGAACAAGAUCCAAGACGUGCGAAUUUGGAUGGCGAAGACGAAGAAAUCGAUCAACGAGCGAGAGAAAGCAGCUGCCAAAACAGCCGCUGGAAAGAAGAUGGGCAAGCUUGCAGCAAGCAUGCCCCUGGAAGCCUUGGCCGAGAAAUUGGCGAAGGAGCUGACGGGUGAAAGCUCCUUUGGCAGCGUGGACUACAGCUUGACCCCCAAGCAGCUGCUGGAGAAGCUGGCCCCGGUCACCUUCGAUCUUGCUCGGGGGAAGAGCCUCUGCGAGACAGUGGCCACCCUCGACUACUACCGACUUCAGCAGUCGUGGGUGCUUGAGAAGAUGAAGGCGAGUGGGUCGAACUCCUGCUGUGCGGUGAUAUCCAAGAAAGCAGUCGCCAAAAGGCUGAAGGACCAGCUGAUCCGGCAGUACCCUGAAAUUGGCGACUCCGAGGGGGAUGCGAUGGCAGGAUUCCCGACCGAGAUGCAGGACACCUUCAGCUUGCAGUUCGGCCAGCGUUUGGGGGGCACAGCCUCGUUGUGGACCCGGACAGACAUGAACUGCCCGAUGCUCAUGGUUUGCCUGGAGGGCAAGCUCACAGUGGGCGGGGUGCCAUCGAAGCACCUGCAGGCCGCGACCUUGGCAGAGCUGCCCAAGAAGCUCGAGAAGAUGAAUGCCAAGGAUUUGGCCCAGCUUGUGAAGACCAAGGGCUGGAUGGUUCAGGUGCAGGCUCAAGGCAGCAUCGUCAUUCCGCCAGACACGUGCUGGUUCGAGGUUUCCUCGGGGGAGACUGUGCACAGCCUCAGGAUGCUGAUGGCUCGCGAGUCGCUGGCUGGGCCAAUGAAAGCUUUCUUGGAGAAGAUGCAGUCGGAGGGCAGUCUCCAGGAUGGCGAUUCUUACUCCAAGAUGCUGGCAUGGCUCCGAGGGAACAAUGCUGCGGCAUAG